AUGACGCGGUUCGGGAUCGCCGCGCGCUUCAAUGCCACGUCUUCGGCCGUCUCGAAGGCCGCCACCGCCAAUGCCCCGUCGGGCGUUGUCCACGCGGUGCCGCAGACCGAGCCUGUUGUGUCCGCUGAGUGGUUGCACGCCAACCUCAGGGACCCCAAUGUGAAGUCUAGAUUUAAGACAGGGUACUCAUAUGGCUGGGGUUCUGCUGCCGUGGCAAUUUGGUACUUGAUGCCUCUUGGUCAGAAGAUGAUGGCGAGUUCCUCAUUCCAAUUGAGUUUAUAUUGUGUUGGUUUCUUCGUCAUGAUCUGGAUUGCCGUAGUCAUGUUCAAGUCCAAUGAUAUCUUGCGCAAGCAGACCGCUCUCAAGGAUACGUAUGAUCUAAUUAUGCACAUACGUUUGCGUAUACGCUUGGGGGAUCCUAAUCAACAUGUGGCGAAGCUGAGCACAAACGAGUGGUACUUCUUCAGCUUCCGCGACCGCAAGUACGCGACGGGGCUGCGCACGAACCGCGCCACCAGGUCCGGCUACUGGAAGGCCACCGGCAAGGACCGCGUCAUCCGCAGCCCGAGGUCGUCGUCAUCCCUCUCCGGCCGUGCCGCCAUCGUCGGCAUGCGCAAGACCCUCGUGUUCUACCGCGGCCGUGCGCCCAAAGGCACCAAGACCUGCUGGGUCAUGCACGAGUUCCGCAUCGAGAACCCUCACUCCCCACCCAAGGAGGACUGGGUGUUGUGCAGAGUUUUCCACAAGAAGAAAGCCGACACGGACUACGCCAUGGAUGGCGAGCCGGAGCUCGGCGGCGGUGCCGUGUGCGGAUCCAACUACCUAAGCUCCUCGUCCUGCCACGAUCCGGAACAGUAUCACCACUCGCCUAUGGCGUCGUUCCCUUCCAUCGGCGCGGGCGGCGACCAUUACCAGCUCCUGCCCUGUGAUCAUCACCACCCACACGGCGCGGCAGGCGUCUCGCUCAACGAUGUCCACCCCUUUGACGGCAUGCCGCAACUGCUGAGCUAUGACAGUAUCCUCGACUUCAGCCAGCAAGUCCAGGGCGGACGCAGUGCAGCGGCUUGUUUGAGAGCCGGCGCAGAUGAUCAGUGUGAUGGGGCGCUGAUGGACCUAGGGCUGGAGGAGCACUACAACUACAACAGCUUGAUGUAG